CUCUCUCUCUGUCGCGUAACUAGAAGGAAGGGGAAGCUUAACAUAUGAUAUUCGGUUUCCUUAGAAGCGAACAAUGAGCGAAGGCGUCACAUAUGAUAUUCGGUUUCCUUCAAAAACGUCGGUCAUGCUACGGUCAAAACCAAAUCUCUGUUUUUCUCUCUCUCUAUCUCUCUCUCUGUAGAGAACGUGUUAAGAUAGGAUAGGAGUGCGAUGGCGAUCGCAGCAGUGAUUGUUCUGCCUCUGGGUCUCAUCUUCCUUCUCUCCGGCAUCCUCCUCAACUUCAUUCAGGCAAUUUUCUUCAUCCUAGUCCGUCCGUUUUCUAUGAGUAUGUAUAGAAGGAUCAACAAAGUAGUCGCAGAAUUGUUGUGGUUGGAGAUCAUUUGGCUUUUCGAUUGGUGGGCUGACAUUAAGGUUGAUCUUUUCAUAGAUUCGGAAACUUUUCAAUUAAUGGGUAGAGAACACGCACUUGUCAUUGCCAAUCACAGAUGCGACAUUGACUGGCUUGUCGGAUGGGUCUUAGCUCAGCGUGCAGGUUGUCUUGGUAGUGCACUGGCUAUAAUGAAGAAGUCAUCAAAAUAUCUCCCGGUUUUAGGCUGGUCAAUGUGGUUUUCUGAUUAUGUCUUCUUGGAGAGAAGCUGGUCCAAGGAUGAGGAAACAUUGAAGUCAGGUUUUCAAAAUCUAAAGGACUUCCCUCGGCCAUUUUGGUUGGCUCUUUUUGUGGAAGGAACUCGUUUUACACAGGAAAAGCUUUUAGCAGCUCAGGAAUAUGCUGCUUCAGCUGGGUUGCCCGUUCCUAGGAAUGUUUUGGUUCCUCGUACCAAGGGUUUUGUUUCGGCAGUAAAUAAUAUGCGGUCUUUCGUUCCAGCAAUUUAUGAUGUUACAGUGGCUAUUCCUAAAAAUGAGCCUCGGCCAACAAUGUUGAGAAUGUUCAGGGGGCAAUCUUCUGUGUUACACGUGCACGUCAGGCGACAUCUGAUGAACGAAUUGCCAGAAACAAACAGUGGCGUUGCACAGUGGUGUAGAGAUAUGUUUGUGAGCAAGGAUGCUUUAUUGGAGCAUCAUCUUGUCGAGGGCACUUUUGUUGACAAAGAUCGUCAAGACAUUGGUCGACCAAAAAAGUCUUUGUUUGUUAUGAUUGGUUGGUCCUGUCUCCUUAUAUAUGGAAGUAUCAAAUUUUUUGAAUGGUUUUCAGGCCUGCCUUCAUGGGAAGAACUCGCAAUUUGUGUAAGUUUUCUGGCCAUUGUUAUGAUCCUUAUGCAGAUCCUCAUUGUAUUUUCCCAAUCCGAACAUUCUAUCCUGCCCAAGGUAUCCCCCCCACGAGAACCAAUGAAAGAGAAUCUACUUCAAUAAUAAGGACAUCCCCUGUGCACGAGAAUCCUGUCACUGCGGAUCUUUGUCAGAUAUGAUUAAAACAACAUUAAUCAUUUCCGGCCCAUAAGUGCUUAGGAAUUCGUUCCAAUAUCACCCAUCAGUUCAAUUAGUUCCCCAAUAUUUUUAUUUUUAUUUACUUUUUAAUUUUUUGGUGACUGGAAAGCUGUAAAAUGUGUAACAUAUUCGUGUGAAAGCUUGUUAGCUUCUUGUCAGCAGUUGUAAGUCAUGGUAAUUGCCAUUUUAGCUUUGUAACAAAACACAGUUUCGACCUGAUCCAGUAGGGGGGUAAUAUAUUGUGUUUAAUAUGGCUUUUUU